CCAAAGUCCAACCCUUCAAGUUACUUAGUACAAUCUCCAGCACGAGAACUUGACACGCAACCAUCAUGUCAAAUCAAUCUAUACAUCCCAGUGCUCUGGCAGCAUUACAACGCCCUUCGAAUACUGGAGAUCGCUCUACAAUUCGUAAACUAUCUGAUUUCGAUCAAGGCGUGCUUGCGGUUUCUACAUCGCACGAUAAGAAUCUUGGAGAAUUGACACACAGAUUCGACCUUCUCUGUCCCCGUAACGGAUGCGGUAGCGUAAUCUUGAAAGCGGGCAUCGGCCGAUGGGUAGAGCGUGAUAGUGUCGAGCUCGAUACCGUAAAGGAGUCUCUUCACCCAGACCUGCCAGCAUUGCCAGCUCCACCUGCGACUGCGCACUGGUGGUUGGUGACUCCGAAUAUGAUGGAAUUUGAGAACAUUGGUUUUACAAGGCCUGUCCAGAAAGACGUUGCAGCAAAAAAGCUCAAGUUCCUGAUAUGCGCAGAGUGUGACCUUGGUCCAUUGGGAUGGUGCGAAGAAGGGGGCAAUGAAUUUUGGCUAGCUUGUUCGCGGGUGGGAUAUCGCUAAGUCACAAUGAUAUGGGGCUGCGCGUAUUUACAGACUGAUACUGAACAACUUCAAGUCACGAAGCCAGCUAAAGAAAUAACAACCAGAUGUGUAGCAACAAACUGGGAUCUGCCAGUGCUGACUCGACUUCGAGGUGGCACCUCGGAAGGCAUGACUCUUGCUACGUUCAAAUCCGUCUGCCCUCGGGUCGCUCAAGAGAUAAUGAAAUGAGGUUAGGCAUGAAAGACCCCGACAUGUCUAUUGAAUCUCUUGAGCGGUUUCGUAGAGCCAUGAUGCAUAUCACAUCGAUCGAUACUCGAAAUUCAAAGCUAAAUUCAUACUCUGUCUGUUUCCAUCCGUAUCAAAGCUCAGGCGGUU